GUCAUCCCCAGGCGACACCGGCUUCCACAUUGUUGAUAGACGACAGCGUGUUUGGAAGUCAGUGUUUUAAAUUUCUGGCUUUUAUUGAAGUCUUAUCGGUUUUGUGUCAAAUCACUAACCAGUGAGGUGCACUUUUACUUUUAUAUUUAAGCCAUAAACGUUUUUUUUGUGGUAUUUUCGACGACAACAGUCCAAUAAAUAAGCGAGUUGUUGUCACCGGAAUCGCUGUCUGUUUGAUUUACACAAAAUAUUUCAUUAUUAGAAAUCUUGAAUCUCGACUUCCGACAUGAAGUGUCAUUACGAGGUGCUGGGGGUGAAAAAGGACGCUGGAGACGACGAGCUGAAGAAGGCCUACCGCAAGCUAGCUCUGAAAUGGCACCCAGAUAAGAACCUGGAGAACGGAGACGAGGCGGCGGAGCAGUUUAAACUGAUCCAGGCGGCGUACGAUGUUCUGAGCGACCCACAGGAAAGAGCCUGGUACGAUAACCACCGGGAGGCGUUGUUGAAGGGUGGCGUGAGCGGAGAGUAUCAGGAUGACAGCAUCGAUCUUCUGCAGUACUUUACAGUCACCUGUUACUCGGGUUAUGGAGAAGAUGAGCAGGGCUUCUACACGGUGUACAGGAACCUGUUCGAAUCCAUCGCCAAGGAGGAACUGGAGCACAGUAAAGAGGAGGAUGAUGAGUGUGAUGAUUUUCCCACGUUUGGAGACUCCCAAAGUGACUACGAUACGGUGGUGCACGUGUUCUACGGCUGCUGGCAGAGUUUCUGCACCCGGAAAAACUUUGCGUGGAAGGAAGAGUACGAUACGCGCCAGGCCUCGAACCGCUGGGAGAAGAGAGCCAUGGAGAAAGAGAACAAAAAGACCCGUGACAAGGCCAGGAAGGAGCGCAGUGAGCUGGUGCGCCAGCUAGUGGCCUUCGUGCGCAAACGUGACAAACGAGUGCAGGCUCACAAGAAACUGGUGGAGGAGCAGAACGCUGAAAAAGCCAAGAAAGUGGAGGAGCUGAGAAGGAAGCAGAAACUGGAGCAGGCGAAGCUGGCAGAGGAAUAUAAAGAGCAGAAAUGGUCUGCGAUGGCUGGACUGGAGCAGGAGCUGCAGCAGAUGGAACUUCAGUAUGGACGAGAGUUUGGAGACACAGAAGAAGAGCUGGAGGAGGACGUAGCCGAGACAGCGGACCCUGUGAACGGCUCUGACGAGUUGGACGACCUUUACGACGACCUUUACUGUCCUGCCUGUGACAAAUCCUUUAAAACUGACAAAGCGAUGAAGAAUCAUGAAAAGUCGAAAAAGCACAGAGAAAUGGUGGCUCUGCUCCGGCAGCAGCUUCAGGAGGAGGAAGAGUCUCUGAGUCGAAACAUGGCAGAGAAAGAUGGCAAGGAAGAGGAAAAUGGAGAACAGGAAGAUGAAGAUGAGGAGAUGGAGACAGACACACCCAGACAAAAAUUGUCAAAGAAACAGAAGAAGAAGAAGCGACAGCAGAAGAACUUGAAUAACUUUUCAGCAGAGCCAGCGGCUGAGAGUCCAGCUCCAGACUCCACAGAUGACAUCACCCCUCCUUCUAACCAAUCAGGAGAUAAUGUGGCCAAGCCGGCUGGCUCAGAGGAACCUGCAGAGGAACCUGCAGAGGAGGUGAAGAAAGAUGAACCGGAACCCAGUAAAAGCUCUGGAAAGACGAAAAACAAAAAAAAUGGAAAAGAUUCCAACAAGAGCAACAAAGUCAAUGGAGGUGUAGACCCCAACCAAGAGAAGGAGGUGAAUUUGCGUUGUGUGAUCUGCCAUUAUGAAUUUGGCACGAGGAAUAAACUGUUUGAUCAUCUCAAGUCAACUGGUCAUGCAACAGCGCUGCUAUCCAACACCACCAGCAACGACAAGAGCAGGAAGGAGAAGAGAAAGAACAGAUGAGCUCAUCAUCAUCAUCAUCAUCAUUAUUAAUAUUAUUACUGUUAAAACUGAAGCAGCUUCUGAGUGGGACAGGUUUUAUAAAUAAUCGAUCAGUCUGUGUGUGCGUGCAUGUGUGUGUGUGUGUGUGUGUGUGUUUUACUCCAGCAUGUUGCAUCAUAUAAGCAGUUUUUGUUGUCAGGAAUGUGCAGAUGAUCUGCAGCACACAGGACUGUAACUCGAGCACAAGUUCAUUUCUCUCCGUGAGAGAAAGAAGAAAUAAUAAUAAUAAAACACUUCACACAGAAACUGUAACGUUGCUAUGGUAACACUGAAAAUCAUGUUUUGUGUUUAUCUUUAGUGCGGUCAAAACGAGAUAUCAGGUCGAGACGAGGGGGCGGAGUCUUAAACAGAUCUGAUCUCGUUUAAUUCUCAUUAAAAGAGUACUUGUGGGAAAAACA